GGACUUAUAGCUCAGGAUAGUGAUCGCAUCGUCAUGAGCGUAACCGAAGACAUACCCGCCGAGCUGUGGCUCAGCAUCUUCGAGCUCAUGGACUCCCCAGUUGAUCUUAACAACGUCUUACGCACGUGCAGGCGCUUCCACAACUGCGCCCUUCGAGCUCUUCACCGUAAUCUUGUCUGGAAGCGGCCCGAAGACUUUGUACACAACUCUCCAAUAUGGCUGGAAGAUCCCGGACUACCUGCCGGAGUUCAUUCGUUGGAAAUGCAUAUAUCUACUCUACCCGAUGAUGUGCCCGGUACGUUGGUUGACGCUGCCGGCCUUACAUUCACUCGUGACGAUGCUGCUCAAUUCCCUGAACUGGACGACGAACCGUUCUGGCUCUUCCCUGAAGUUGAUCAGCAAAUGCACCACACGUAUGCGACGCCCGGAGUCUAUGGCGUUCUCAUGAAUAGAUUGGCCACAUUUACGAACCUACAGGACUUAACGUUGCGGAACUUGUUCGUCACUGACGAGCUUUUCGGGUCGUUAUUCCAAUUACCCAGCCUCCGCAAGCUGCAUGUCGAAUUUUGCCUCUUCCCGAGAAGACACAGCAUUACUCAUCGCGACUUCUCCGCCCUACCCAUAACCGACCUCACGCUACUCAACCUGCGCAGGCAGGUCUUGAAUGCUGGUCGGCACGGUCACGACCUGCAUGCCUUCGCCGAUAUGGAUGAGGACAUCGAGUACGGCCUCGCGCUGGCGUCUGCGAAGACCCUGCGUUCGCUCCGCGUCGACUCCACUGCUGACGUUUUCGCAACGAUCUACCGCCGCCGCAUCCAGGGCGUAUUCGUGUACAACAUCCCUCCGAGUCUGUCCGCGCUCUACAUACAGCGUAAACAGGUUGUCGAAGGUGUCGUCCAGCCAAUCUUUCAUGCCGAACAGCUCUUUCCGAACGCGGUGUACAGCAUUAUGGAGCGAUGUCCGACGAUCACGACCGUCUCCCUCGCGUACGCGCUGCCGAAGCACACGAGCUUCCCGAAGCCUGAGGCUCUGCCAAACCUUACGCACUGCGAGGGCUUCCUCGAUGCCGUCGCAGCAAUGACGACCAACCGCCCGCUGAAGGCAAUCAGCAUCCUCCGCUCAGACACGUCCCCGGAUGGCAUUCUUGAACUUCUCGCACGCAAGGCACGCCACCAUCCGAGGCUGCAGAUGCUCUCGCUGCACUGCAAGACGUGGGACCUCGAGAUUCUCGAUGCAAUCUGCCAGCUCUUCCCUCAGCUCCGUAAGCUGAAGCUCACGUUCGAUAUCCGCGAGCCUGGCAAACUAUGGGAGCAUAACGACUACUGGAAUGGCAUUCAGCCCUUCGGUCCGCACUACCUCUACCGCCUCGAGCACCUGCACACAGCGUAUAUCUAUGCUGCACCGACGAACGGGAAGCCGGAGCACCCUAAGUUCCUGUUCGACAACACGUUCGAGACUGCUGAGGAGGAGAUCCAAAACCUCGUCAUCCCUUGGAACCGCUAUUGCACCAAACUCCGCGAAGUGCAGCUGCACGCGGGCUACGUCAUGCGCCGCGGCUUCGAGGGCGAUGUCUGGCGCCUCCGGGAGGUCCACGAGCUGAAGGAAGGGUGCACUUUUGACUAUUAAGCGGGGCGCGGCGAAAAUAUAAUAGAUGUAUUUGGUGCGUCGAGCCUGGUGUGUGAAAAUUGACACUUCACUGACGGGGGUCGUUACCAGUAUGUCUUCAUGCUCUGCGUUGAUUCGCGCCCAGGAGGAGUUCGAAGUACGUUUUUCGCUGUGGUCAAUGACAAUCAGAAAACGCAACGUGGAGGACUUGUACAGUACGAUGCACCUUUAUGUACACUACAGACCGCACACCGUAAAACAGGCAAAGUGAUUAUAG